UUCGCAGUCCCUUUGCUGUUUAAGUCCAAAGACAAGCGGUGCUGCUCGACUUGAGCUCUACAGUUUUCUCCUGGACGUCUGACGACACUUGGACAUUUAACAUCGUUUAGCUGUUCUUUGCUCUUCACCAGUUCGGAGAUUCUGUUUUGACAUUAAACGCUGCGGACAUUUUUAUUAAAUUUAAUUACCGUUAGCCGAAUUGUCAAAAUGUUGAGUGUCGCCAGAAACGUUUCAAGGACUCUCCCGACAAGGACCUACACAAGAAAUGUGUCCUCUCUGGUCAAGAAGGCAUGCUGGAGUGGCUUCCAACCAGAUGCCCUCAGAGCCCUAUCCAGGAGAGACUAUGCGUCAGAAGCUGUCAAGGGAGCAGUCAUUGGCAUUGACCUGGGAACUACCAACUCAUGUGUUGCUGUCAUGGAGGGGAAACAGGCCAAGGUGCUGGAGAACGCAGAGGGAGCCAGGACCACUCCAUCAGUCAUCGCCUUCACAGCAGAUGGGGAGCGUCUGGUGGGCAUGCCCGCCAAACGCCAGGCAGUCACCAACCCUCAGAACACUCUGUACGCCACCAAGAGACUGAUCGGACGUCGCUAUGACGAUGCUGAGGUCCAGAAAGACCUGAAGAACGUACCAUACAAGAUUGUCCGUGCAUCUAAUGGUGAUGCUUGGGUAGAGGCUCAUGGGAAAAUGUACUCCCCCAGCCAGGCUGGAGCUUUCGUCCUCAUGAAGAUGAAGGAGACCGCAGAGAACUUCCUGGGAACCAAAGUGAAGAACGCUGUCGUCACUGUACCAGCCUACUUCAAUGAUUCUCAGAGACAGGCCACCAAAGAUGCUGGUCAGAUCGCUGGUCUGAAUGUCCUGCGUGUGAUCAAUGAGCCGACAGCCGCUGCUCUGGCCUACGGCCUGGACAAGACCCAGGACAAGAUUAUUGCUGUGUAUGAUCUUGGUGGAGGUACGUUUGAUAUCUCAGUCCUGGAGAUCCAGAAAGGAGUUUUUGAAGUGAAGUCCACCAACGGCGACACCUUCCUGGGAGGAGAGGACUUUGACCAGCACCUCCUCAAAUACAUCGUCAAGGAGUUCAAGAGAGAGUCUGGUGUGGAUCUGCUGAAAGACAACAUGGCUCUUCAGAGAGUCCGAGAGGCUGCGGAGAAGGCCAAGUGUGAGCUGUCCUCUUCACUGCAGACUGACAUCAACCUCCCCUACCUGACCAUGGACGCCUCCGGCCCCAAACAUCUCAACAUGAAGCUGACUCGCGCACAGUUUGAGGGCAUCGUGGCCGACUUGAUCCGCCGCACCGUGGCCCCCUGUCAGAAGGCCAUGCAGGACGCAGAGGUGUCCAAGGGAGACAUUGGAGAGGUGCUGCUGGUCGGAGGCAUGAGCCGCAUGCCCAAGGUUCAGCAGACGGUUCAGGACCUGUUCGGCCGCGCUCCCAGCAAGUCUGUCAACCCCGAUGAAGCUGUUGCCAUAGGAGCAGCCAUCCAGGGUGGCGUCCUGGCCGGUGACGUCACUGACGUGCUGCUGUUGGAUGUGACCCCACUGUCUCUUGGUAUUGAGACUCUGGGUGGAGUCUUCACCAAACUCAUCAACAGGAACACCACAAUUCCCACCAAGAAGAGCCAGGUGUUCUCCACAGCAGCCGAUGGGCAGACUCAGGUGGAGAUUAAGGUGUGUCAGGGUGAGAGAGAGAUGGCGUCAGACAACAAGGUGCUGGGUCAGUUCACCCUGGUGGGGAUCCCCCCAGCGCCCCGCGGCGUCCCUCAGAUCGAGGUCACCUUUGACAUUGACGCCAACGGUAUCGUCCACGUCUCCGCCAAGGACAAGGGCACAGGCCGCGAACAGCAGAUUGUGAUCCAGUCUUCAGGAGGUCUCAGUAAAGACGACAUCGAGAACAUGAUCAAGAAUGCUGAGAAGUAUGCAGAGGAGGACAGGAGGAGGAAGGACCGUGUGGAGGCCGUCAACACAGCUGAAGGAAUCAUCCAUGACACAGAAUCUAAGAUGGAGGAGUUCAAGGACCAGCUUCCUGCUGACGAGUGCACCAAGCUGAAGGAGGAGAUCUCAAAGGUCAGAAAUCUUCUGGCCAACAAGGACUCAGAAACAGGAGAGAACAUCAAACAGGCAGCCACCAACCUGCAGCAGGCGUCACUCAAACUCUUCGAGAUGGCCUACAAGAAGAUGGCAGCAGAGCGGGACGGCAGCAGCAGCAGUGGCAGCGGCAGCAGCAGCAGCAGCUCGGGCUCUUCAGAGGGAGAGAAGAAGGAAGGCCAGCAGUAGAACCUUCGCACUUGGUUGUCUCGUGGUUUCCGUGACAACGGAGGACUGUUGGGCUCAGGGGUGGAGCGGGUGGGGAGGGUGUCAGUCUCGAAUGACAAGCUGAAUCUUAGUCAUUCUCACCAUGUUAUAUUAUUCUGCUGUGUUUUGGCAGUACAAAACUCUAGUGAAAAGAUCCAUGUCAGUGUAAACUCUUCUAUGAUACCCCAUCUGUUUGUAAUUUAAUUGUCCUGUAUGUUUAUUUUUUUCAAAGCUGUUGAUUUACAUAUUGAGGUAGUGAAGAUAAUAGUUUUUGUCAAAAGACAUCAUGUAGGUUUCAUCUUUUGUUCAUCAUCACAGACACAGUUUAUGUUUGUGCCAGUGGAGUCGGAUGAAAGCUCUGGUACAGCUCUGCGUUGCAACAGGCAUAAUAUAAUAUUGUACAGUGCUCUACAGAAGUUAUAGCUAUCUUGUUUUAAUAGUGUGCUCACAACAACUCAGAGGCGGGAAGGUGCUGAGCAGAAACUUUUUAUGUCAGAAACUUUCCACCUCUCAGGAGUCCUGGGUACACUCUCAACUAUUCACAAACAUGCAGAACUGUGGUCAUGAGGUGGUUUUCAGUUCAUCACUUUUAUUCCUGAAAGCUGUAAGAACGAAUCUGCACCAAUCUGAGAGGAUGUUGAUCCUGUUUGUUUCUUUUCCUCUGACAUUUUAAAUGGGCUUGUUCAGGCCGGGGGGGGGCAGGGUGUGUGUGUGUGUCAGGCUAGAGAAAAGUCUCAAACCAAACAAUGGGGACAGAAUAGAAAUGUACAAGUAUAUAUAUUAUAUCUGUGUGUGUGUGAGGAUAAGAUCAAGUGUUUGUCUCAUGUUUGCUAUGGAAGAAUGUAAGGCUUUUAGUUCUUUGCAUCUUAAACGCAGCAGAGCUCUGACUCUGUAAACACACGUCUGACUUCAGUUGAGCUGUAAAUGACUUUGUGGAAUCCAGAUGUUGCACAAUAAAGGAUGAGGCCUUAGUUUACCUCCCAUCUCAGA